UGGCAUGGCAUAAUUCCAGAGAGUCCACCGCCCAAAGUAGCCCUUUUCUCCAGGUGAACUGAUCUCUGUGGCCUGGAGACCAGUUGUAAUUCCGGGAGAUCUCCAGCCACUACCUGGAGGCUGGCAACCCUAGCUGGAUGGACUGUUCAUAUAGCUGGGAGGGGAAUGGGAUGAGUAUUAAGAGGGCUUCGUGCCUUUUGCACAGCAAAUAGGUGCUGCCUGAUGCAGACCAGCCGCUUGCUGCAUCCCAGUGCCUGUGUUUAAACGUGGCCUGUGUCCAGGUAUACAUUUUUGUUGUGUACAUAAGCAGCUUUGAGUGCUUGUAAAAAAAUUUCUGUGUAUGUUAAAAAAAAGUGUGCACGGCUGCCACUGGAGUUGCUGUGGAGUCCAGCAAAGACCCUGCUGGGGCCUGUGGUGCUAAUGGCCAGCAACUGGGCUGUGCUACUGGGGCAAAUAAAUAUGUGGGUUGAACCUAUAAUGAGUACUGGGGAGAUAAUGAAAGACAUUGGCAGGUGGGAUGGAAGGAGGUCUUAUGAUGUCCUGGGCAAGUUCACCUUACAGAAGAGUCGGGGUCAUCUUCUUUGGAUGCCUCUCGCCUCCUCAGUGAGGUUGUGGAGUCUACAUGGAAACUCCUGAGUGAACUCCAACAAGGUAUGGUUCAGGUCCGGACUUGCUGUGCUUCAGGAGUGAAUAACGUCCAUUGUCUUUCUACGGCUCUGUCACGAUUUUGGUAGCUGGCUCAUGGCUCAAGCAGCAGGCUGCAGAACAGAGAAAUGGCUAAAUGUCCAUACAGUGGCAGAGCACAGACAGUAUCUGGAGCUAGCCAGGAAGCUGAUGAGUCAUGCCAGCGAUGCCAAGGGGCCUGGCAGUGAACGCAAGGUGCCCCAGUUUCCUCUCUGGGAUGGAGUGAACUUCUGAUGAAACAGCCACCAGGGACCAGCAGCGUACAAGGAUCUUGUCGGCACCCUCGCCCAGCUGGUGACCCCACCCUUGUGACUUGCCCCCAACCACGGCGGAGUCAGUCAAGCCCACCCUCUGCAGAGUUGUCAUCUACCUGCAGAAGGAGAUGUCUGGGGACACCUGCCUGACCACCGCCUGCCCCACGCCGGGAGCCAAGCCCAAGAGCUGCAGCUUCAAAGGGGGCGGUCCAGGCAACAAAUAUGUGCGCCUCAAUGUCGGUGGCUCCUUGUACUACACUACGGUGCAGGUGCUGACACGGCACGAUACCAUGCUGAAGGCCAUGUUCAGCGGCCGGAUGGAGGUCCUCUCAGACAAGGAAGGCUGGAUUCUCAUUGAUCGUUGCGGGAAGCACUUUGGAACCAUUCUCAGUUACCUCCGUGACAACGUGGUUGCGCUGCCCCCAAACCGGCAGGAGAUCAAAGAACUGAUGGCAGAAGCCAAAUAUUACCUCAUCCAGGGGCUAGUUGACCUGUGCCAGACUGCCCUGCAGGACAAGAAGGAUUCCUAUAAGCCAGUCUGCAACAUCCCUGUCAUCACAUCCCCCAAGGAAGAAGAAAGGCUCAUAGAAUCCUCCAUGAAGCCUGUGGUAAAGCUGCUCUACAACCGAAGUAAUAACAAAUACUCCUACACAAGCAACUCCGAUGACAACUUACUGAAGAACAUCGAACUCUUUGAUAAGCUCUCCCUCCGCUUCAACGGGAGGGUCCUCUUCAUCAAAGAUGUGAUAGGUGACGAGAUCUGCUGCUGGUCCUUCUAUGGGCAGGGGAGGAAGCUGGCUGAAGUUUGCUGCACCUCGAUCGUCUAUGCCACUGAGAAGAAGCAGACCAAGGUGGAAUUCCCCGAGGCCCGAAUCUACGAGGAAACAUUGAACGUUUUGCUGUACGAGACUCCGCGUGUGCCUGACAACUCUUUGCUGGAGGCGACGAGCCGGAGCCGGAGCCAGGCCUCUCAGAGCGAGGACGACGAGAGCUUUGAGCUGCGCGACAGGGUGCGGCGCAUCCACGUGAAGAGAUACAGCACUUACGACGACCGGCAGAUUGGCCACUAGGCCCUCGCGGCCAGCAUUUUAGGGCCUCCUUCAGUCGACGAGAGUGCUGGCUGCAGAGUACGGCCGUGGGGCCGUAUGAUCAGAACAGUCCCUGGAUCGGACCUCGGGUACUGAUUUGCUCUGGGAAGGCCGAGGGGCUUGAUUUUGUGCGGGCCGAUUCCGUGCUUUUGUGACCGGUCCCAUUGCUGGAGGGCUGAAGGUUCAGACUGAGGGUUUGUGACACUUGUCACCUUAAACAACGUCCUAAAUGCAGCGUCCCCCUUUCAGGCUGCAGAAGCCUUCCCUUGUCAGCAGCCCUCUCACAGAAACUUCCUUGAGGAUUCUACCCGGAUGACCUUUUUUAACAAAAAGUUUGAACUCCAAAUGCUGCCGAUGAUCAGAAAGCCCAGACGCUAACAGUGUGAUAGCCCAGCGGCUCUGUUUAUGGGAGACUGCUCUUGUCUUGUCUUGUGUUUUUCCCUUGAGCAGAAUUUAUUCCGAAGGGUAACCCAGAGCUGGGAAAUCUUCCUGUGCCCCCUUGCCUAAAUAUGCAGCGUCAGGAGGCAGUUGCAAAUCCUUACUGGCCCUAUGCUGACUCUUCUCCCCUCCCCCUCCUGUGCAAACAGGAGAUCUGGGACUAUAGAGGUGCACGUUUGGGACCUACCUGCCACGCAUUAACGAUUGCUGUGUGGUGGACAUCCGCUAAUCCGCUCCUGGGCCGUGUGUCCACCUAAUUGCAGUGCGGUGGGGAGGUGCUCCGGGUGCCUCUGAAGCGCUGUGUGACUGCAGAGGAGGGUGCUCCUCCUGUAUCACUGAGGAGUGCCCCUGUUUCAUGUGUGGCUCUGAGCUCUGAGCCCCUGAAGAGAAGCACAGUACGGGUGAGAGCAUGCGCCAGCCCUGCUGAGCUGCAGGGGUGGCAGGGAGUGAUCCCUGGCUUCAGGGCUGUGCUGGUUUUCAGGGAAGGGCUAACCUCUUGAGCACCAUUCUGGCAGGCACUCACUUUUGCAGGCUGACACAUGUCGGCUGAAAUUUGCAGCUCCCAAUGGGGCAAACAGCUUCAUUGCAUGAGAAUCUAAUUUGGCCCUAAGAUGCCUUGGUGGCAGCAGGGAACCACCCGUUUUGGAAGGGGGGAAGAGCAGAACGGCCAAGAAGGUAUGAACAAGGCAUGUGUGUGUCCCUUAGCAAUGCGUGUCCCACUAGGUCAUUGGAAGGGAAGAGAGACCUGGUUGUAGAUAGGUAUAGCCGUAGUGGAAAGAGCUCCCUCUGGUGCCUGGCAGCAUGAAUGACAUUGUGAGUGACUGUACACACUCUUGGUUCAGGGGUAGCAAGGCUCUUAUUCUUUCAAGCCACACAUACAGCUUCUGUCCUCUUGUAAUGCAGCGGCUAGCUGAGCAUUCCACCCUGUUUGGUGUAGCAGAAGUUUCCACAGCUCUCAUGCCUUUAGCAUUUCUCUACUACAGCAUUCUUCUUGUUUCUAAGGCAGUGUGGAAUAUAUCUAAAAUAUUCCCCAUUUCCAUUGAACUUUAGACUCAAAACCGUCUGGGUUUUGCCAUCCCCUGAACCUAGAUGGUUAUGAGCCUAAACUUCAAUGGAAAUGGGGAAUAGUAAUAUUUUCUUCUUCCCUGGCCUGAGAGGGGUGCUUUAAUGCUAUCUUUCCAAAGUGGGGCAGGAUUUGUAGUAUUACAGUUCUGCGCGCUGCUGUGACAUUACACAGGUCUGUAAAAAGGAAUGAGCAGUAAUGGAGCCUCCCCUGUUCAGAGGCAGUCUUCCUCAGAACACCAACUGCAGGGCCGAAGAAAAGGAGAGGGGGGUUGUUUUUGUGUUCUCUCUGGGUAUCCCAGAGAGGUCUGACUGGCCACUUUGGGAACAGGGUACUGUGGGGCUUGCUGACCCUGGAUCUGCUGAGUUGUUGAGUUGAAAGGGGCGUGGUUGAUACAAAUGUGGCUGCCUCUUUCUGCAUGCAUGAAUCAGAAGUGAUGGGUGUGACGGUGCCAAAAGCCAGGGAGGGAGCAGGUGCCUGUGCGACGUAGUGGCUGGAGGGCUGGAUUAGGACCCGAGAGAUCCCGGAUCAAAUCCCCACUCUGCCAUGGAGGGUGACCUUGCUCUCAGCCUCUCCUGUCUCACAGAGCUGUUGUGAGGGCAAAGGGGAGGGGGCGAACCAUGUGUAGUGCUCUGAGUUCUUUGUGUGUGUGGAUGGCAGGUGAAUGGUCAAAGGCCAGUCGUUACUUUCCUGGGGUGAGUGGCUAAGACCUUUCUGUACAGUCUUGGUGGCUCUUUAGGCCUCACUCUUGCAGAGAGGUUGGUGUGUAUGCACGUGCGCAUGACUCUGUGAUGUCUAUAGCAAAACCUUGCACGUAGCAGCAGGCUUACCCUGGGUCUCCUGCCAAUUCCAUCUGAGAAUCCACUGUCGUCUGCAUUGUGUUGGGCUUUGCCCAAAUGGUGUAUGCAUUGGGCAGGAGAGAGGGAUGGAGGCAGGCAAGGGGAGAGGAGUGAUAGGUGGAGAGAGUAACGGGUCCUGCACCCACCCACCUCCCUUCCAAGACCAUUUGGGUCUUUCCCACCCCUUGUUCAUGCCUCUUCCUCACCAUCUGCCUUACAAGGGUCUUUGAGGUGUGUGCUGACCUGGAAGCCACCCCCUGGCUCUUCUGCUACUGUGCGAACCAGAUGGCACAGCUCCAACUGAUGCUCCAAAAGAGAUGUUUUAGCCUUUACAUUGUAUUAGUUACUUGCAUUCUGAUUAAUUCAGGACCUGUUGUCUCUCCCCCACUCUUAUAAUUGAGAACAUCUCGUGCCAGGAUGGAUGCUGUGGCUUUGAAACGCAAAUUGGCCAAAUGUAAUCUUUGCUUACUCAUCGCUCAAAAAAGGAACAGAAAGUAAGUUAUUUUUGGAAGCAGUUCCUCAGAGGUCCAAGAAUAUUUCUUGCAAAAUAUGUCUUUCUAUUAAGACAACGUAGAUGCAGUUGCCUCAGUUUUUUGCAUGUUGAGAGAUCUGUAAUGAAUUCCACAGAAGGCUGUGUGAAGACUUCUCACCUGCUAGUUUACUUGGACAUAGGACAGAGCCACAGUGUUUUGUGUGUGUGUGUGUGUGCUUGCGUGUGUAUAAUGAAUACCUUUAGAGCUGCCUUGUACCAGGCCAGACUCCUAUUUCAUCUAGCUUAGUUCUGUCUGCAUUGUUCAGAAGCAUUUUUUCAAGCUUCUGAUUGAACUAGAGAUCCCAGGGCUUGAAUCUGGGACCUUCUAUAUGCAAAGCAGUUGUGCUUCACAGAGAGAGUCAGGCCUUGGGAAUACGGAGAGCCAUAAAUGUAUGAAUGAAACUUUUCUCUCAAUUUGACUUUUGGUCCCUGUAGCUUGGUCUGUUUCGGAGUGGCUCUCCAGGAACCUCUGGUCAGAGCUCCCUGAAUAUGCCAGGGAUUGAUCUUGGCACCUUCAGGGUGGGAAACAGGUGCUGUACACGGAGUUAAGAUUGGGACAGUGUGACAAUCAACGGCCUGUAUUUCGAUUCCUUUGCAAAGGACCCUUUCAGGUUGAAGAGACCCUUUAAAACCCAAAACUGAAUCACCCAGAGAGUGACGUGAUGGUGCUGGUGAUGUCUUUGUGCAUGGCUGUGUGUGCGCCUUGGCAUCCAGGAAGCCCUAGGCUUAGCAUAAUCUAUGCAGAUUAAGCAUUUGGAUUUUUUUUUUUGCUUGGGGUUUCCAUGGUAUCGGGCUUUCAAAUAACUUAGUUGUUAUAUGAGGGAAGGGAAGGAAAGAACAUACAGAUGUUCGAGUGCUUCAUAACACUGAGAACUAGAAUCUUAGGGGCUUUUAAAAACUGAAACCUGAUUUUUUUCAACAAUUCUGGAGCCUGUGACAAAUUCUCUGCCUGUGUUCAACCAUGUGGCAGUGUGGAAAACAUAUAUGAUCUGAAUUUGAAGGGCUGAAUCCUCUUUGGUGCCCCUAGCCUAGAAACUUAGGCAUAGCCGAUUCCUUAUUUUGUGUGUGUGUUUAAACGUAGCAUGGUUGAACACUGUAUGAGAAACUUCUAUAUUUAGAAUAUAUAUCUGGUUUUAAGGGUGUGUCGCUGUUGUUAGAUUUUGGUUGUAUGCAUCUGCCAGCCAUAUACUAAUACUGAUGAAUUCUCCGGUGAUCCGGACACUCCAACCAGCUGUGAUACGGCCUUCGUAGCCUGCUGCUGCUGCUCACUCAUGCCAGGAUUCAAAAACUCUACCUGAGAUACACCCCCAGGUGCUGGGAGUAGGUCUUGUGCCAUGUUUUGACUUUUCAGAGCAACAGACUCCCUGUGCUCCAUCACAAACUGCUUAGGGCAUCCUUCAUUUGGCCACGUGGCCAAGUCCAAACCUUCCCAGAGUGCACAGAAUUAGUCACACAGUUCCAGCCACGGAGUCCUCUCCUUAACCUAUGAAUGUAAUUUUCCAACACUGCCAACAAUCAGUCUUUAUAUGCCAAAUUGCCUUGCCAAAAGUUCAGAGUAAAUCCUGAAGAAUAACUUACUUAUGAAGAGUCAGAUCUGGGUUCAGUAGCACCUUAAAGACCAAUUAGAUUUCCAAGGUAUGAGCUUUUGAGGGUCAAAGCCCCAUUUGUCAGAUAUGAGGAGUGGCAAAGCAAAGGAGUCUUUAUACUCCAGGCAGAGAGGGUGGAAGGGGGCAUUGCAAAUUAGAGUGUCAGGAGCUAGCUAUAAUACAUGUUGUAAUUAGCUUGAUACAGCAGGGUUGUGAAAUGUGGAAAAUUAACAUCUGUGAUGCAAGAAAAAUCCAAAUCUAGUUGAUUUUUAAAAUGCUGUCAGGCCUGGAUCUUAUUCUUCAUCUACAAACCCACCUGCAACUGUUUAUGAAGGAGAACGUUCCAACAGUUCCUUGGCUUCAGCCAAACUGAUAGAAAGAAUAUGGUGUCUGCCUUACGAUGUUUUGCAGCAUGUUAACAUCGCAGAUUUAUUCCGCUCUCAGAAGAACACGAUGCUCAGUUCAACGUCAUUCUAUUCUUUAUCGAUACAUCAACAGACCACUUAAAAUGGCAAGCCAACAGUGCAGGACCUGCUUGAAACCCAAACUCCUUGGAGGACUGCUCUGUGUGGCUAUCUGUUUGUGGUUCAACAGGUGACUGCCAAUCAGAUGGCUUUUUAGAGUAAGUUUAUUUUACUACAUUUCUGCAUUGCUUACUAUGAUACAGUUUCCAAGCCACGAUGCUCUUCACCUUUCUGCUUCAGAGUGGCGAGGGGAACAAUUCGGAGCAAAUGGCCAAGUGGGGAGUUGCUCCACAUGCAGGACUCGAAGCACCCUGGGGGUUUCCAUGCUGUUGGCUCAUAUUGGUCCAGGUCUGUGACACAGCCAACUCUAGCUUACCAGGGGUGGUGUGAUCAGUUUGUGCAGUCCCAGGAAGGGAUCCACAUUAGGAGGCUUCCUGCGGGCCCAGUGGAUGACCAUUUGUGGCUAAUGGAGUAAACAGAGCAGGCCUGCAUCCAUCACUCCCCAAGGAGGAUUGCUCUGCAUAAAGUCCCUGGCAAACAGGCUAAGCCGUUACCUGGUUCCUCAUCCCAAAAGCAUCUACAAGUCGCUGCACUUUGUCCACAGCAUCCCCCAUGGCAAGGUAUUCACCGACUUGCAUAGUGCCAAUCUCUUCUCCCUUGCAGCGCUACUGCCCACCAUUGUAUACGGAGACCCACAUGGUGAGCAAGAUUGGCUAUCAAGUUAGCAAGUAUCGCUGGAGAUUAGGGAGUGGACCUGCCCUAAGGCCUGGUGCCUAGAUGGCAGAUGGUCAAGGAUUGAGGGUGGGGGGUGGCUUUCGAAUCUUUUUAAUAGUCUGUUUCUGAUGGUGGUUGUAUGUAUGUAUGGUGUGUGUGUAUUUUAACAAAUAAUAAUUAAGUGCUAUCAAGAAAUCUGCCCAGAAUUGUCAGGAUGGAGUGUCUGGAACUUUAAAUAAAAUGUUCGAAAAGA